AUGCCUCGCAGCUCUUGGAUCAGCCGCGAAGGUGGCUGUGCAGGCGGUGUAGAGAACAUCGACAGAUGGAUUCCUCUUUCACACACACAUGAGGAGGUUCAACAACGUCUCCUCGAGAACGAGUCAAAGCAGCGACAAUUUGCUGUUGAUUAUUUCUGGAACAAGAACCUCGAAAAUUUGAACAUCUUCCCGACGAGACAUGCCUUAGACAGCUGGAAUGUGCAAAAAUACUUCGAGUUAUUCAACAAGAUAUUCUUCUUCGGCGCCUUGACGAAAGAUUUUUGUGAGCUAAAGUUUGUGGAAGAGGUAGGGGUCUCAAGAGAGGAAUGGCAUCGAAAUAGCACCCACGAAGAUGUUGAAGGACACACAACAGAUCCUCGACGACAUAGGCUAUGCUACCAAGGCUGCACCAAGAUCUCCAUCUUCGAGCAGAAGGAUGAUGUUAGCAAGGCAACGUUGCUCCGCAGAUACCUCGGAACAUUGCUCCAUGAGAUGAUUCAUGCAUUUAUUCAUAUUUAUAUAUGUUUAUCUCCCAGCUGCGAGGCUCGAACUGCUCAGUUGGAGGGAUCGAGAGGCCAUGGAAUAACUUGGCAUCGGCUGGCAAAGGCCUUCGAAGAAUUCGCUGAGAAUUGGCUUGGUCUGGGACUCGACCUUGGAAGGGCCGAGGUGGAAAGCGAACUUGGAAACGGGGAGUCGGAUCUCUCAGCUGUCGAUUCGUAAAUCCGUGGACCGGCUCGGAGGAGGAAAAGAAAGAUGACUUCGCUACCGGUCUGAACGUCGAAAAGAAUCCCAACAAACCUAAUUUUGUCUCCGACUCUGAAAACUCGGUCCUCGAG